UAUUGAGAGAACAAAAGAAGAUGGAGAAUUGUACUGACCUGACUGACUUUCCAAAUGCCCAGAGAAAUCACGGCUCGCCGGAGACUUGGAUUUUGGGUUUAGCCUGGGUCUGUUUUGCCCUUUUUUAUAUGAGAUGUGAGGGUUUUGAAACAAUGACGGAACUGAACGCCAAGCACCACACUCUGAUUCAAGCCCUCCUCUCUCGCGGCCCACUCAAGGAGGCCCAAUUCCACCGCAUGUUCUCGGAGCUCACCGGAGAAAACCCAGGUGUUCGUCGGAAAGCGUUUGAUGAUUAUCUUCUGAGGAUAAACAAGGCCCUUUCGUAUGUUCAGUUGGAGCUGCGAGGAUGCAGGAAUCAAUAUGAUGGUCAGGUUUAUUAUGGAGUUGUCAAUAAUGUGUCUGAUGAGGAAUCCAAGCUGGGAACCACCUAUUCGGUUGCUCAGAUCGCUUUCUAUAAGGCUAUUAUAGAAGCAAUAGUGCAAGAAGCUGCUCAAGGAACCAUAUCUAGCAGCGAUGCUCUUAAUCUACGAUUAGAGAAUCAGGUUAACAUUGGUACAUCAUCACAAUCACAAGGUCAAUUUCAUAUCCCUGCUGCAUUGAAGAACUUUUCAAUGUCCCAGAAGGAAAAAACUCUUGAUGAAUUUGUACGGGAUAAAUGGCUUUCCUUCACCGCUGAGGGUCAUGUUGGACUUGGUGUCAGAUCCUUCCUUGAUCUGCGAAGUUGGUUUCGCAAUAAUGAUGUUCCUUCAUGUGAAGUGUGUAACGAAGCUGGGGUGAAGGCAGUGUUAUGUCAAAAAGAGGAUUGUAAGGUUCGAAUUCAUCAGUACUGCCUUGGAAAACUGUUUGCUAAGAAGAAGGGUGAAACAGUUUGUCCAAGUUGUGGUACUCAAUGGCCAUAUACUAGACCAAAAGCAGAAGCUGUGGAAGAUGAUGAGCCAGAUUGCGCUGCUCAGAGCCAACCACCUGUAGUACCCAGGAAAGAGAAGCUGAGAACAAGCCGAAUUGGUGAUGGAGAUAUAGUUGAAUCUAGUUCCUCUCAGGCUUCCUUACCUGGUCGUAAUCUAAGACGAUCAACUCGAAAUUCUAUGCGCCCCCAGUAACUUGAUUUCAUAUGCCCUCUAGCAAGUAAGUACCCUGGAGUAUAUUUUGCUCCAAACACACUUGCAUUCCUAAAAAGUAGGAUUUUCAUUUUCUAUGGCAUAAAAUUUAGCAGAUGCUUUACCCCAUUUUAUUAUGGCCAGGAAACUUUAUGAACAGGAUAAGAAGAUUAGGGGAUGAUGUAAAACUGUUUUAUCAUCAUUAAUCGGUAAAGUUGUGCAUCGUUUAUAU